UUUUUUGAACUCUACCAUGCGUGCAUCUUGAUACCCUUCGUUUUGCCGCUUCACGCAUAUUCGUGAACGCUUCAAUUCUAAUCGUUUGAUCUUUCAUUACUCUUUUUCUUUUUUUUUUUCGCCAUUCUGUCGAGGUGUGGUACCCUCCUAUUGAUUCAUACCCUGGAGCUGGGGUUUUUUUCCCACCGGUAAAGAAUAUCUCAAAAACAUACCUGGUUCGAAUGCGUCGAGCUCCGUUGGCAAAUACCGUUCGAUAAUAUUACUUGAUACCCAACCCCCACUCUGUUGGCGCAACUCGGACAAGUCUUCCUUUACAAACAUUUUAUGCGUUAGCCCGCAUCAUAAUUCGACUAUCAAAAUACCCACUUGUCUAUAUCCAACGUUCUCGAACUUAGAUUUACGUGGUGUUGUGAACGGAAACAUAUUUUCCCAUCUAGACGGGUACCUCGAGCCUACCAAUCACCAUGCCGAGCCUCUUCUCUCGAAUAAGGGGCAAAGAUGGCGCGAAGUCUAAGAAAAACGGCAACCUAGCUGAUUUAGCAAACCAAUUGCCUGACAAGCCGCGCUGGGAAGAUGCGUAUACGCGAACAACAGUAGAGCCCGAGGAGGUCCAAGAAUUAGUAACGCGCUGCACGGAGGAAGUUAAAGCUAGGGCUCUCGAUCUUCCGUUUCUCCUUCUCCCAUUCCGACCGACUUCUGAUCCUAGCGCCGUGCGCACCUUCAUCCGCCACUUUUUCAACGAUGAGCAGAACCUACGCGGUGAAGCCCUCGUACAGGAGCUACGGAUGACAGAGCCUAUGGUCAUAUCGGGUGUCCUAAAAUGGGUAUGGAGCAGAUUGCCGGGCGGCAUUGUGGGCUGGGAUGCCUACGAGCUUUUCAGAGUUGGAGAGCAAGAUUCGAAUAUGGCCCGCGAUUCCUUCUCUACCUUUAUUCCGUUGAGCGUCGAGAAUCAGGCACGAUCACAUAUCAUAUUUGACUACUUCGAUUUACUCUCAGCCAUCGCAGCUCAUGGUAAGUCGAAUGGCUUCGGCGGUCGUAAACUGUCUCGCAUGGCAGCUUGGUGGGCCUUCGAACACAAGGAUACUGGGAAUGGUUUCGACGGAGGGUAUAAGUCAUGGCUGAGUGCCGCGGAUGCGACGAGCCAUCUGUUUUUCGCCUAUCUCAGAUCCUUAUCACCCCAGCAGGCUCGCGCAGGUAUUUCCAUGCUCCCUAUGUCCUUGCAAAAGUUGCUGCAGGAAACCGAGUAUCCCCCACAGGCGCCGUCAUUAUUGAUGUCAUCAACGUACAGGGUCGUCAUGAUUGUCGAUACUGUGUCGUCUACGCCGUUUGCGCUUUUGCGCCGUGCUAAUCAUUUCCAAUACCGCGAUGAGGACCAAGCUCUUCGAGAGUUUUCUGAAUACGAGGAUCCCGUGAAGGCCCUAACCGAGGAGUGCCGCAGAGUUCUUAAGGCGAUAUCUCUUGCGAAUCAGUCUCAAGUUUCUAGCUCGAAGCACUCUACUGGUCUACGAGAUGCGUCAUGGUCGCGAUUCGAAGAUAUCGGCUUUGGAGGCGCUCUGGAGGAAGAGGACGAAGACUCGGACUCACUUAAACUUAGCCAAACUCGAAAUCCCCGUGGACUACGGACUACCCCCGCGUCGGGCGCGAACCUUGGCAGACCAACUACUCCAUCCUGGGCAGACUUCCUAUCGUCCGGUUUUGUCGAUGACGCACCGAAUAGCCCCUCGAACCUCCUACUACCCCCUGAUAAGAUUCUGCCCCCCAUCGAGACAACUGUUAGGCAGCGUAGCUCGCAAUCGCACCGCCCACGUCUAGAGAGCGACCGUCAGCUAGAGCCUGGCGAAUUAGCCAGUAUCAGUCGAUUCGACUUGGACGAGGCGUUCUGGUGGGUGUGGAUGAGCAGCUUGGCGCCCGAAGAGACUGCAGAACGUAAGUCGGCAUUUGGUAGGUGUUCUGUUCUUGAGACAGUUAUUCGUCAAGGCAGGUGGCUCGUGAUGGAGGAGAUGGUUAAGGGUGCAGCCCCGGAGCCCGAUGCCGGCGCGUAUAUCGCGGAGAAGAAAGGCCUUUUCAGCUGGACAAGGCGUAACAGAGGAGUUUCCCGAAGCAAGUCAACUGCUAAGUCAAGUAGCGCCAAGAAUGAUCGUUUGAACCCUGGUGGUGGUGCCGGCGCUGGCCUAAGCAAGACCAGCAUCGGACCCGACCAGCAAGCCAAGAUCCAGGCAGCGGCGCAAAAAUUGCAGGCCAAACAGCUUCAAGAGCAGCAGGCCGGCCCCAAGGCAGAACGACGCGGGCGUACGGAUACCGAGGUGAUGAGAGAGAAAACUCAAAGCAUCCUUACCCUGCAACCAGGCGUCGUAAAUGUAGCCUCGCCGGCCAUGAAAUGGGCCAGUAAGUACGACAAGGAAACUAUCCGCGCAGCAUAUCUCGGCAACUCGUUCGCUGGACGUGGUGUAUCACAGACGUCGCUUCAGAUGCCUAGCCAUCCUCCUGGAACGAAUGGGCUCACGGAAAAUGGCGAUAGUCCCAAACCGGACGUCCAGGAACACCCGCUGUCUCCUAUUUCAGUUCAUUCUCAGCCUGAACCUGAGCCAAAAACCCCGGUAACGCCCAAACCUGCUUCGGUUCCGGCUCCCGUUCCGGAAAAGAAGCUUGCGGCUCCGCAACCGAUUCAUCCGGCUCAGCGAUCGGAACAAACCGGUCGAGAAUCGCCUUUGCCUCCUACUCCGCGUGAAGGGAAGAGCGUAGAAGCAGCCCGCGAGACUAUACUUUCCCCUGAACCAAGUAGUCCCGAGGGCAAGAAGCAUAAGAGACUUCAUAAGGAAGACAAAAAGUCCAAGUCGAGCGGUUUCAAGAAGCUAUUUGGCCGAAAUAAGAACCGCCAAUCCAAGCUACCCGAGAAUGCUGCCGCAGAUGUGAACAGCAUGCUAGCGGCGCAACCUCAGACCCCGGUACCGGCGGCUCAACCACCUACGUCCCCGGAACCAGUUGCAUCUCCGGAUCUCGAAGCUUCCGUAGAACGAACCGAAGAAAAGACGCCGACGCAAACUCCAGUAACGCCGAUGCGUCCCGGACAAGGAUAUGAGCCAUCAAUCGACGACAAUCUAUCUCGUGUCGAUACUGCCGAUGCCGCAGAAGCUCACACCGAGUUCUCCCGCUUCGAUCAGGGCCCUCUCCUAGACCAGCCUGCCUUUAUCCCCGAUGAUGAUCAAAGUGUCGAUUCUGCCGCGCCGCCACCUAUUGCCAGACAUUCUAGCCGCCACCCUGCCCUAGAUGACGAUGAUGACGACGAUACAGGAGCUCCAUCACCAAGUGUGCCUAUGCAAGACCGAUGGGCCGCCAUUAGAAAGAAUGCCGCCGAGCGGGUCGCUCGACCAAGCGAAGAGCAAAGCCGGGGUGCAUACAGUAAGACGACGGACGACGGCGACGAAACCAGCGGCGAAGAGACAAUUGAGUCCCGUGUAGCUCGAAUUAAGGCUCGUGUCGCUGAACUAACAGGUAACAUGGAGGGUGGCAGCGGCCCCGUAACUCCCUCCGGUCGCCGCUAGGAGCGGCGUUUUAGAUGACGACUUGGCUACGAUACAAACGGAUAUCUGCAUUAUGAAUUCGCCUGCAUCUGCACGCCUGGAGUUCCUUCGGACACGCUCUCCGCUUUAGUUGUGCUCGGUAUACCAAGGCCGAUUAUUCAUUAAUAUCUAGCAUUAAGCACUUUUCUUAUUUCGAUGAUACCAUUAGAACAUGCUCAUCCCAUGUUUUUUUCGCAGCCAUAAGCAGACGAGGAGGAUUUAGUUUUACUAAUUUGAACUUUGACGUCCAACGUACAAACACGGUUGGAAUUUUCCAAAAUCAGCCACUAUUCGGUUUCUUACGAAAAUCGCUUCAAGGCGACAGUAACCCUGGAUGUAAGAGCGCAUAGCUUGGCUAUGGACCGGACAUUUUCUUGGGUUGCUGUUGCAUCUGGCGUGGAAAAAUUACAAAGCACUACAACGGACUAAUCCUUUUUUUCGGUUGUUUUUCUGGCUUCCGAGGUGAAGAGUAAUGAGACGACGAGGGGUGGGAGAUACCCAUUCGCGCGCGCGGAAUAGGAAGAGGGGAGGAGGAGCUUGGAAGAUACCUUGGUGCUUACUUUGUUCGAGGAAGCACCCGACUCGUCUUUUUUUUUUCUUUUUUUUUUCUCGUUGAUUUCUUCGAUGGCAAAUCUUUUUGGUCAGCUGGAUUUUUCGGUGUAGGCAAUAGG